UUCAGUUUAGGAAAAUGUCCACUGCUGCAGAAACAUUAUUCUCUAUGAGUCAAGGAGAUGAGAUAUUUGCGACGUUUGCCAUACUUCAAGACGAAUAUGCUGGGGACAAAACUGUUCAUUUGUUUCUUAGAGUGGUUAUUUACGCCUAUGUGUCUUUGUUUACUAUUUUAAUUUUCAAUCUUCUCAUAGCAUUGUUCAAUAGCGCCUACGAGGUUGUAAAGGAUAAAAACAAACAAUCAAAUAACUUAUCAACAGCAGGACAGGAGUUAUGGUCUGCUGGAGAUAUGGUAAGUCAAAACAACAUGGAGACACUAAGAGAUAUUCUGGUUGGAGAUCAAGAUAGCGUUAAUGCUUGUAAAUGGAAACCGUUGUUUGGCAUAUUCUUUCCAAUAUAUUCAUGGAGCAAAACUAAAAAUUAGAAGUGUCGACAGUGCACAAAAGAGAUUUUCAAUUAAAAAAUAAAUAGAUAAGAAAACAGGGAACUUUUAAGACACACAAUUUGCACUUCUAGCAAACAGAGUUAAAAGUAUGAGACAUUUUAAACCACAAAUGCUGUUUAAAAAUGAUGAAUAUGUCUAUAGCGAUUGCAUAAUAUUACUUACUCAUCAUUAAUUGAUGCAAACCCGACAUGUAUCAUAUAUUAUAUAGAAUAAUAUGGUUUUUGUUUUCAUUACUUUAAUCAUGCCUUUUAUAUAUUCCAAUUGGGGCUAUUGUGACCGAGUGAUUCUUUGACAUCGGACAUCUUUCACCUCAUCCCUGUUUUGAUUGGCUGGGAAUUUUAAAUGUUUCUUUGGGUUAGAUAUCAAGCUAGCUUACGUUCUACCAAAUCGCUUGCUCGUGCCUAAAAAUGCACGAAGGGGCAAACGCGAUCUUCUUCCACCAUUAAAGCUAGAAAUUAGACAUAUAUAACCUUAAUAGAGUCAAUAAAUAUCAGUUUUUCAUAGAGUCAAUAUAUUUUUGAAGGGGUUACAAACACUUUAAAGAGUGAUGAAGUAAAAAUAUCAUUAUUGAAAUGAAAUAUUACAUUAAAAAAUGAAAUACCAAAAAGAGUAAUCCAAAUUUGAUAUUUUAAAAACUUUUUAGCUCACCUGAGCUAGCUCAGGGUGAGCUUUUAGUAUCGUUGAAUGUCCGUCGUCCGUCCACAUUUGUUCGUUAACACUCCAGUGGUCACUGUUUUGCAUCAAUUAUCAUCAAACUUUGUAAGGAUGCUUGUUCAGGUAAUUUCUUGGGGAACUUUGAACAUGGGUCAUCUCAGAUGAACAACAAUGCCACAGGAGCUAAAAAUUGAAAAUCUUGUUAGUACUCUAGUGGCUACUGUAUCUAUCCAAAUAUCCUGGAAAUAUGAUUGAAAGUUAGUUUUGAUGAUUUCUAGGUCAAGUUCCAAUAUGGGUCACCUGGGGUCAAAAACUAGGUCACACCGCUCAAAUAUGGAAAAACCUUGUUAACACUCUAGUGGUCACAUUUUUGACUCAAUUGACAUCAAACAUGGUCAGAAUGCUUGUCUAGAUGAGUUCGAACAUGGGUCAUCUCAAUUGAAGAAUUAGGUCACAGGAGCUUAAAAUAGAAAAAAUAUUGUUGACACUCUAGUGGCUUCUGUUUUGAUCCAAAUAUCCUGGAAAUUAGUCUGAAAGUUUGUUUUGAUGAUUUCUAGGUCAAAUUCGAAUAAUGGUCACCUGGGGUCAAAAACUAGACCACACUGCCCAAACAUUGAAAAACCUUGUUAACACUCUAGAGGUCACAUUUUUGACUCAAUUGUCAUCAAACUUUGUUAGGAUGCUGUAUAAGUAAUUGCUUGGAUGAGUUCGAUGGGUCAGGUGAGCGAUGUAGGGCCAUCUCGACCUUCUUGUUGCUAUUAAGGAUACAGAUUAAAGAAGAAAUUGCAUUGUCAAAUGACAAAGUUGACUCAUACAAACAAAAACGGAAUAAACUAUCUGAUACUCUAACAAAUAAAACUGAUGAUAGCAACAAAGAAAAUAUGUAAAUUAAACCAUAAAAUUUACAAAAUGAAACGAAACUUGUUCACUUGUCUCUAUUUAAUUUUUUGAGUGCAAGUACGUGAGUGUCUGUCUUAAUUGUAUUUUGUUACUUUGUUUCAGGUUUGUUAAGAGUUUUUUCUUUGUUAAUUUCUGUUGUAUCUACCUUUUUUCUUAUUCUUUCAAGUGGAAAAAUGUUAUUUUUUAUUAUUGAUGUUUUCUUUUUCUUUGGAAUAAGUGACGUGCGGUUAUUGAAUGUGGAUUUAAUUGAAGCAGACAUGUAUUUAUAUUUAGUAACAAAAUGAUGUAUGUAAAUGUAAUUGAUUAUAUUUAAUAUGCUUUUGGUUAAUGAAAUAAAAAAAAAUCUUUAUACUCGAACAGUCAAUUUGACUUAAAACCCAACCAAUCUAUCAGCCAAUCAAUCAAUCAAUCAAUCAAUCAAUCAAUCAAUCAAUCAAACAAACAAACAGACAAACAAACAAACAAAAAAUAAUCAAGCAUUUAUCCUUAUUUUAACAAUUAUUUUCUGAUAUUUAUGGUUAGAGAAUAGAUUUGAUUUGGCAUUUGGCAAUUAAAUUACAAACUGCAUUAUGAACGGAUCUAGUAGCCAUACCAAAAAAAUAACAGUUCAAGACUAUUUUAUCUAUAACUGUCAACCGACAAAACAUGACGUCUACAAAUGCUUAUGCCCCACUCGCCCCUCCGCCCCCCCC